AUGCUCGCCAAAAGCUCAGGCAGUCCCCUGAGCCCUAUCCGCAUCAAGCAAGAGGGCACGUUCUACGCCAGGCUCCUCUCCAAGGAAAACUCCUUGUCCGCCACCCCUUCCUUCAGGGUCUACCAUGGAGUCGCAGCAGCCUCGGUGCCCUUCGUGUGGGAGUCGCAGCCGGGAACCCCCAAAGCCACCUUUGCCGCCUCACAGCUCCCGCCCCUCACCCCGCCACCCACCUACUACCACCACCCCAGGAAGACUAUGGCCGCCAAGAAGCAACGAAAGUCAUCUAGGUCAUUCAGCUACCUGGCCACCUUAUUCCGAAGGCUCACUCUAAGGAAGCCAUGCAUGCCGCAUCCGCCGAUACCCAAGUCGCCAGUGUCAUCGUUACCAUCGUCCCCCUUCUCUCGAUUGGGAUCCUCGGAUUCUCGGCAGAAGCAUUCCUUCUCUUCCAGAGUACCGGAUGAUGAAGAAACGGCUGGUGGAUCCAUCCUGUGCUUCCGACUCCAACGGAUUCCCCGCCUUAGUCUGUUCCGUCGACGCCGUGAUCGUCAGAAGAAAUCGGUCCUCGAGAGAUUUGGUUGA